CUCUCUCUCCUCGCUCUCUCUCCAUCUCCGUGAGAUCUACAAUCUUAUCGAUAAGAAAGUGAGUGAGUCUGUGAAUCACUGUCUCGGCUGCUUGGGAAUCUGCUCGUCUACACCCCCCAACCCAGUCAUGUCAGACAAAGGGCGGUCCAAGUUUGACAUCUUGUACGACGGGAAUCCAAUAGGCCCGCUGCCUCAUCCCGAUGAAAAGACGCCGUCAGACAACGCCUCAGGCAAUGACCAGACUCGCAUGGCAGCAGGACGAGAAGGACAGCAAGACCAGAAUGACAGUGUAUCGGAUCCGAGAGGCUCUGAACCUUUGAUCAAGCUUCAUCCCGGCGCGUAUGACUUUGACAACAACUUCCUUGGACCUGCGCCUGACGGAUUCCUGCAUUCCGGCGAACAUGACAGCCAUCCCCCCACUUCCUCCCACCAAUCGUUUAACCUGGCCGAAUCAGAAUCCGAAGAUACACGAGAUGCGAUUAGUCGUCUAUUCGCCAAUGAUCUGGAAAAGGGCGAUGAAGAGCAGAUCAAUUUACAGUUAGAUCCAGCCUUACCCGAUUCUCUGGAUGUAGAAUCUCGUCACACACCCGAUGCGACAACUCCAGGCGGUACAUCUACUCAGAAACGUAGAGGCUCCUCCCGCGCAAACAUGUUGACUCGAGGUGGCGCUUGUGAAUUCUGCAAGAAGCGGAAAUUGAAAUGUACUGCCGAGCUACCAGCUUGCUCGGUCUGCGUGAGGUCAGGACGGCAGUGCGUCUAUUCUCAGAAAAAGCAGAAGAGCAGAGUCAGAACUCUCGAGGAUCGAUUGAUGGAGCUCGAAAAGAGAUUGGACAAAGGUCAACAAGGUUCGACCGAGGAUUCGCCAAUGACUGCCGAAUUGGUCACGCCUGAAUCAGGGCCAAGCGUCAAAGCUUCCAGCUAUCCAAGUGUCGAGACUGGACGUGCAUCGUCUACUGUUGGUAUGGACUGGACCUGGUCUUUCUUUGGCAUGGGGGACCAACAGAGUGGGACAGCCAUCGCUGAGCCUGACCUCAUGACGCUUGCGGACGCAGCCGAAGCGGAUGGAGUUGAAGCAACAGCUACAGGCUCGUGGCCUUGGGACGGCAUGGACGACGAGAAGAUUGCGCUGGAGAUUGUCAAGGCAGUGGAGGGGAGCAAAGGAAUGGGAGAAAAAAUUGUCGGACACUUAUUAUCCGUGUACAACAAAGCCGAUAUGGAGCCCUUACUUCAUCUUGCACUCUCUCCAGCCCAUCUUCUCCGCCGCUUAGCAUCUUCAUCCUCUCCACACCCCUCCCUCCUGCUUUCAAUCAUCCCAUUCCUGCUCCCUCACUCACCUUCGUCCACUUUGUCGAGUCCCGAAGCAGUAUUCAACAUCUCCAAGCGACUAGAGACUCCAGGAAGACUCCAUGGCCUUCGAGCAAUUUACGUCGUCGAUGCUCGGUUACUCGAUGUGGUCAUAGCUACGGCGAUGCGAACCUAUACGUGCACAGCAGCGGCGAGGCUGCUUGAAGGCUGGACAGAGCAUGCCACCAAUAUGUCGUUAGUGUGGACCACGGGUUUGGGCAAGAUGGGCGGAAUACGAGAAGCACUAGGUGGAGGGUCAGCUAGGACGAUCAAGGCGGACGAAGAAUCUCGGAGGAAAAAUGAGAAAUUGCAGAUCUUGAGGAGCAGAUCAAUGCUGUUCCCGAAUCCCACUUCCGUAGAAGAGGCUGGAGAUCGUAUCAGGCUUUUCUGGGUCAUCUAUCUGGCGAACGUCGCUCCGAGCAUCGGCUGGAAUUUACCUCAUCUCAUGGACGAAGACGAAAUCACCACGCCCUUCCCGCAGAGAUCCUAUAAUUCCAUUGAUGCUCUCAAUGACGAGACUACCAUCAGCCACUUUCUCGCGGGCAAUGCCAAUACAGGCGCUACUGAUUCUGAGUUCUGCGCCUGUGUCAAAGGCGUCUGUCUCAUGAGUCGAGUGACUAGGCUAUUCGACACUCCUCUUAGCAUCUACAAGGUCGAAAAGUUAGUCAAAUUGAAGAGCAUCGCUCUUGGUUACAUGGCAACAUUGACACCGCUGUCAUCUGCCGAUCCAUUCUCAGAUAUAGGGCAAUUGAGCGAAGCCUGGACCAGGCUCUACGGUACAAUGAUGUUUGUUUAUCUUCGCGAAGAGGUGGACACGCCCGAAGGCAGCGGAGAAAGUGCAAGAUGUCUCGAGGCUGCGCUCGAUUCCGCAAGCAAGGCUGUGGAAUCGGUAGAGUUUUUAACCAAUCGUGGAGACGAUCUCUCAGCACAUCCAUCACUUCUCGCCGUUAGUGAUUGGCUCGGUAUCGGACGGACUCUCUUUCAGCUCGCUCAACGUCUGGAGAGGUCCUCUCGUAGCAACAGCAUGGCAGUCAAGGCCCGGCAGUGUGCCCAAAAAUUCUCACACUUCUGCGAAAUAGCCGGCAAGAGACUACCAUACGCUCAAGCGAUGCACCAGCAUUUGGAAAACAUCUCGCGCGGCAUUCUGUUGAAGCAGGGAGAGAUCCCUCGAGAGCACUUUUUGCUGUAGACGAAUCGAAUGGAAAUGCAGAC